CUGCUACUCCAUUUGCAAAUCAGCUGGAAAAUCCAAAAAGGAAAAUAAAUAAAUAAUGCUGCCAUGGAGGUAAAUCCACUUGCUGUUAUUCUUGUUUACUUUGAUAGCAAAGGCGAUCGCCUGCUGUAUCGCUAUCCAUAUCAGCCGCUCGGCAAAACGCUUAAAUUGGAGGAGCCGCACGAGGAGCAGAGCAACAAGAAGCGCAAUCCAUUUGCCGUUGCCAACACUGAUGACCUGCUGCAGACGCCCACACACCAGAACCCGAGCCAAGGUCAAGGUCAGCUGCAGGGAUUUGCGGACGAUGUGCUCUCCGCCCUGUUUGCCGUCAAGCCACAAUUGUGCAACCAAAAGUUCGAGUUGAAACUGAAUGAUGUGCGCUUUGUUAGUCAUCCCACGCUGAUAAGUGUUGUGCCCGCUGCAACGCCCAAUCCAACGUCGAAUCAAGCGACUGCAUCCGGGUCCAGCGCCACAGCGAGUGUGUCCGUAUCCGUAGGUGCGGUUAAGAAGCAGCAAAUGCUAAUUAACAUUGUUUUCGCACUGCAUGCCCAGGCCAGCUACUCCAUUGUCAAGUGCUACCAUGAGCUGAGCAAGCGUCUGGGAUUGGCGCUGAAAUUCGAGGAGCAGCGCAGUGGCUACCUCACCGAACAGACGGCGUACAUGGCGCGCACCCACGACGAGCAGCAACAGCAGCCGCUGGAGAAGACCUUUGAACUGAUUGCGGAACGUUGCAGCUUGGCGCAGGCACUGAAAUCCAUCUGUAAUGAUCUGUGCACCACGGGAUUGCUGAGCACCACAUUGAAUCAGAAUCUUACGUUGACCUUUUGUCUGCCGGCAAAGGCGCAUCAGCUGCACAAGAAGGGCAGCAUGGUGGAUCCCGAGACGAUAGAUAGAUGCCUGCGAGCCUUGAAACCGUAUCAUGGCAUGCUCCUGCUGGUGGACUUUGCCGAGCUGCUCGAUUGUGUGCCGCCGACGGGAGCGCGCAUGCUCUGGCAACUGGUGGAUGCCUAUAAUCCAUUGAUAAGCCUGCAGAGCAUGGCGUCCAAUGCGGAUCUGAGUAUUGAGCAUGUCUACAAGCUGGUAUCGCAUCUUGUCUACUGGGCCAAGGCUACCAUCAUUUAUCCGCUGUGCGAGACGAAUGUCUAUGUGAUUGCGCCGGAUGCAUCGCUGCACACCAAGUCACAUCUAGUCGAGAAGUUCUCCACACGCUUUGCAGGCAUGUCGCUAUUUGAAGUCAUCUCGGACUUCUCGCUGCCCACAUCGAUUGGACAUCUGACGACGCCGCUACAACAGCCGGCACGUCAGGGAAUUCUCGCCCAAAUGGUGCUCUGGAUGUUGCAGCAUCAUCUUCUCAUGCAGCUCCACACCUAUGUACAGUUCAUGCCCAGCGAUGAUGAUGAAUUUGGCGAUUCCGCAUCGUGUACGCAGGCACAGAUGCCGGGCAGCUGUGAUAACCUCACCGAGGAGGAGCAGGAUGAUCCUCUGCAUGGCGGCUCCAUGCUUAGCAUGUCCAGUCAACCGCUGCCGAUGCCAGUCAACAACCAUCGACGUCCAUUAACCGAGGAUCACGACUCUUUGGCAUCGGACAACAUUGCCGUGCAGCCGUCGUCCAGUCACAAGUCCAACUUCAGCAUGACGGCUUCUCUCAGCACCGACAAUUGCGACAGCCUUGACUCAAUGGAGGAUGAACAGAAGCUCAAGGAGCUGCUGCAGGUCUUCAACGAUGCCGAUCGCGCUGCCAUCCGUCGCAUUCCCGCCUCCCUCAACGUCGAUGAUCUCUCGCUACUCGUCAAGCUCUAUCAAAUGGGUUACUUCAAGAGCGAACAUCAUCUGGAGGAGAUCAUGUACUUUGAGAAUCUGCGGCGAUCGCAGCUUUUACAACUGCUCGACAAAUUUCGCGAUGUACUGAUCAUAUACGAGACCGAAGAUCCUGCCAUUGCAUCCAUGUACAACAAUAAAUAGAUCUAUGUAUAUACUAUAAUAAUAAUACCUAUGUAUGUGUGUAUAAUAAAGCGCAUUCCAAAUGCAUUCUUAGUUAAGCA